UGUUCAUUCAUUAUUGCACAAAACGUCACUUCAGCUAGUUUAGUUUUCGACUUUUGAUGCAGAAAUUAAUUCAGUAGGUAAUAUUGGUGGAACGCGGUAGUUUUACAGUGUAGACUUUUUAACGUCUGCGAAGCAUUCUCUAAUAAGGGGAACAUGAGAUAUUUUUAUUGUCUAUUCGCUGUACUGGUACUGGUGACAAAACAAAGUUUUGCCGAUGACAGUAUUUCGGUGGACAGCCCAGAAGAUGUAACUUCGUUCGACAAUUCUCGUAAUGACCUGAAAUAUGAAAGCCCGAAUGCUGAACCUGCCAAAUUUUAUUUUGCCGAUCAUUUCGAUAAUAAAUUUGAAUUUUCAAAACGUUGGGUAAAAUCACAGGCAAAAAAAAUGGAUACUGCUGACGAGAUAGCAAAAUAUGACGGUGAAUGGGAGGUAGAAUUACCUCUAAGACCACUGCUACACGAAGACUUGGGAUUGGUAUUAAAAUCAAAAGCAAAACAUGCCGCAAUUUCUGCUCUACUAGACAGACCGUUCGUUUUUAACAGCAAGCCGCUGGUGGUGCAAUAUGAAGUUAAUUUACAGGAAGGACAGGAGUGUGGUGGAUCGUACAUCAAAUUGCUGUCAGCUGGAAAAGAAACCACAGAUCUUAAGCAGUUUGGAGAUAAAACACCUUAUACGAUCAUGUUCGGGCCUGACAAAUGUGGAAACGACAUUAAGUUGCAUUUUAUUUUCCGACAUGUGAAUCCUAUCAAUGGAACCAUCACCGAAAAGCACUGCAGGAAAGCAAAAGACCGCCUGGAUGACCCAUUCAAAGAUAAACAACCUCAUCUCUAUCAACUCGUUCUACGUCCAGAUAAUACCUACAUAAUUCGUUUCGAUCACAAGAUUAUCAAUGAAGGAUCGUUGUUCACAGAGUUUACACCUCCGGUUAAUCCUCCGAAGGAAAUUGACGAUCCCGAUGAUUUUAAACCGGAAAAUUGGGAUGAAAGAGAAAAAAUUCCUGAUCCUGAUGCACGAAAACCUGAAGAUUGGGAUGAAGAUGAACCACCACAAAUUCCAGAUCCAAACGCUUCUAAACCAGAAGGAUGGCUUGAUGAUGUCGAAGAAAUGAUUCCUGAUCCCAAUGCAGAGAAACCAGCUGAUUGGGAUGUAGAAAUAGAUGGUGAUUAUGAAGCACCUUUGAUUGCCAACCCUGUAUGUGAAAAAGCUGUAGGGUGUGGUUUAUGGAAAACUCCUUUGAUAUCGAAUCCAAAUUACAAAGGCAAAUGGCGGGCACCGUUGAUCGACAAUCCAAAUUAUCAGGGUAAAUGGGCUCCUAGAAAAAUUCCUAAUCCAGACUUUUUCGAAGAUCAGAAUCCCUUCAAAUUGACAACUAUUGCUGCUGUUGGUAUUGAACUGUGGUCUAUGUCAAGUGACAUACUAUUCGAUAAUCUAAUUAUAACUGACGACGAAAGUGUCGCACGAGACUGGGCAUCAUCAACUUAUGAUUUAAAACGAAAACUUAUUGACCGUGAAGCAAAUACUCUUUGGGAUCGUGUAAUGAGAUAUAUGGGAUACAAACCCAGCUACUGGUUGGCAUAUUUUACUUACUGUUCCAUUCCACUUAUUGCAUAUAUUUGGUUCUUAAUUCGACGUCGAGAUAAAAAAGAGGGAUCGUCACAAUCGGUAUCGGCUCGGACUAAAAAAACUGAUGAAUAUCUACCAGAUAGUGACGAAACGGAUCUUCACACAAAUAGCAAAGCUAACCUCAACUCACCCAAUAAUGAUAAAAGGACAGAGAUAGAAGAGCCAAGUAUUGUAGAUGAGGAAAACGGGAAUGACGAUGAGGACGACGAGGAUGAGGAUGAUGAAGAAGACGAUUUAGAUGAAAAAGUCGUUGAUGCUAACGACGCUGAAUAUGAACUCCCGAAAGAAACAAGCCACAGUGCCAAAGAACUGGAGGGGGGGGUCAAAAAACGAAAGCCUAGAAGAGAAUGAAUCGGUUCCUUUCAUCAUGAAUUAAUGUUCACAUGAUUGUUUUAAAUAAGUUCAAUACCAGCUUGCAAUGUAAUAUUAAGCUUAUGGAUUAUUUUUAUUGUAUUAUUAUUUCGACAUCCUGUUAUACAAAUAAUACCAAUAUCUGUAGUAAAUCGGAAGUAGCCUCAAAUAAAUAAGUAGGUUCUUUAUACAA